ACGGCAUACCACCACGCACGCAUAGAGCAAGUCUUUCUCCCACAAUUUGUUGACCGCCGCCGCCGAACGCAGCCGCGCGCGUAUCGUUCGCGUGUCACCCGUGUAAAAUAAUAAUACCCGUACUAUCAGCCGCAUCUCUCGCGCCCAUACCGUCGCCCGUACGACGGCUCAAGCCAGCGGCCAUCCGCAUCCACGCGUCCACGGUGUGUUGUGUCCGGCCCGCAGGCAAUCGGUUGUCGGCGCGCGGCUGUCGCUAAUCCCCCCAAUACGAUAUUAUUUCUCGGACCACCUGCGCUCAGCCACCACCGCCGUCGCAGCAUAGCUCUCCCUCUCGCACCCGCCGUCACCCAAGUCGGCCCCGAUCGCUCUUCCGUCUGUGUCGAUCCGUGUAGAAGUGUAACAAGUGUACAUCACAUAAUGUGUUAUUACAAUGUAAAUGAUAAACGGUGGUAAACGAGUGCUGCAAGUCUUGUGGAUAAUCAAACCGUCUAACUGACCAUAUAUCCAUUUACAGAACGAGACAACGGGGAAAUGUUGUUGCAAACAAUCAGGUGAACGGACCACGAUGGACGACCCACCCGUCGAACCGUCGGUGCGGAAGAGCAGCAGCAGUAGUAGCACAAGCAGCGGCAGCUCUAUAAGUGACGACAACGACGUAGGGGCCAGCAGACUGGGCGGAGGCAGCCAGUUGAAAGCGUCUGACUCGGACAUCCACACCGACCGGGACUACUGUUCGUCGGACGAGAGCGGCGGAUUCGGAGGUCCGGAUUCGCCAUCCGGGCUGAAGCGUGCCGGUUCGGUGUACGACUUCCGGUCCGACGGCACGGACAGCCCUCCGCCGUGCAGCCUGUUCAAUGGCGAGACCGAGCUGACCAAAGUAGCUCGCAAACGGUUGCGCAUGGUUCGCGAGGUAGACGUGGCUGUCUGCCACCUCAACCACACCAACACCAUCAUCAGCAAGAUACUCAGCUCGAAAUACUUGCGUCGCUGGGAGAAUCAUCUCGUUCGCAUACAAGACGACUGCGUGUCAUCCAACACGCCGACCGGAUUUCUAGCCAAAUGCAUAGGAUACGAAGCCAUAAAGGAUUUGUACCCGGUGAAGAGGUGGGAUUCGAACUUCAGGUACUGCCUUCGAGUUGUUGUCACCAACGGGUCGUAUUUGCUUCAGACUACCACUCAACAUCUGAGAGAUCAAAUUCUUUACUCCAUUUUGUGGAAGAAAAACGUUUAUGAUUAUCAAGCACUGUUAAAAGGCCUCACCGACCCGGAGGACAUGUUAAAAGAAUUACAUAAUUUAGUUGAAUUUGCUAGAGACAUUCCGUUGAUCGACGAUGAAAUAUUUCACGUGCCUUGUUACAUUGUACACACGAUUGUAACGCAAUUUUUACCCGAGUUCAAGGUCCAAGAUCAGGACAGGUACUAUCAGCAACCGUGGGAAGAAGACAUGAUCAGCACCGUAGGCCCUUUGAUCGAAGAUAGUCCCCCGUCCGCCGAAAUGUGUUCGUUUUUAUCGCACCACUGCAAAGACCAGCGUAGGCUGCCCGUCAUAAAAGAUUCGCUGUCCUAUACUAUUACUAGAAUACUAAAACAUAAUUUCGACUUUGCAAGGACGUUAACGGCUCGAACUCUGGUCCAAGAUUAUAUCAAAGCUCUAUACAUCGAUGACCAAAAAGGCGAAGUUAUUAAAUUGUUUUUAUCAAGAGUCCACAGUGCUAGCGCUGUGUGUCCCCAUAACAGGGUACUACCGAAUCUAGUGUCCAUUUGCAUUACUGCCAUAUUCUCUGCUUCAGAAGAGUUGCCAGCUAAUAGCACAGAAGCCGAAUUCAAUAUUUUUUACACCAAUCACUUGAGAUGCUACAUUGUUGUUCUUCAAAACAUAUCAGAAUACAGCGAUUGGCUAUACGGACUUGCUCAAUUGUUGCGCCCGUUGCCGUUUCCCGUUUUGCUGUUAAUUCGUUCAGUUUUUAUGGAGGACAUGUCCUCUGUGAUAUUAAAAAUAGGAUUGCACGAAAAUUGUAAUAUUCACAAACAAGUAUUGGCUGUCCGCGAAACAAAAGACGGCUGGUUCGACUUGUGUUCCCCACUUGGAGCUGUGUUCGGCGGAAGUUCAUACGUCUGGACUGAACUGCUUAAGACCUUGAUGGACUGUGAACGUUGCAAGAAAAAGAAGUUGCUGAAAAAUCUCAAAGCCAAGCACUUGGGUACCUGCGUUUCAGAAGCCCUGAAAAACAAUAAGAUUGUAAUGGACGUGCUAUGCUUGAUGCUCGAGUGGAUGGUCGUGGACGACGUACAACAAAGACAACAGAUCGUCGACACGCUCAAGUCCACAGAGUUUGGUCGUCAAGUCUAUGACGAUUACAUGUUAAGGCAAAGUCAGUUACACGAUUUGCAAAGAAAAGGAGGUCCGCAAAAACUGGAUUUACCCUACCGCGGUACAGACUUGGAUCUCAGUGCCAUUUUCGGUUGCGGUCCGUUUGGAAAUUUGGAAUCGAUCAACUUGUCAUUUACCAACGUGACGGAUACAUGCGCCAAAACAUUGAUAAAAUUGCCUUCGCUGAAGCUUCUUAACUUGUGGGGCACUCAAUUUGGAGAUUUCGGACUGCUGAUAAUUGCGGAUCAUCUGACGAAUCUGCAAGUGUUGAACUUAUGCGAGACAAAAGUAACCGACAGAGGAAUCGUUUCGUUGAUAAGCUUAGUCAAUUUGAAAAAACUUAACUUGAACAGCACUCGGGCGACGGUUAGGUCAGUAGACGUUUUGAAAAAGAAAAUACCCGGUCUCCACGAGGUAGACGUCAGAUACACGGACGCAUGGUUGUAAUGGAACAUUUGAAAUAAAUUAUAAUUCCUUUAUAUUCGUAAUUAAUUAGUAGUACACGUGCGUUACGCCGGAACAAAGAUUUUAAUAUGAUGUAAAUUAAAUUGACUUAUAUGUUAAGUGCUAAACUAAUUAGUACAUAUCGCUAUGUUAUUUUUUGUCUUCUUUAAUGUAUUAUUUUUUUCGUUUUUGUAUACUUAAUCAUACCUCGACGGAUAGAAUAUAAGUGUAAACAUUAAAUCAGUUGGUAUAUACAUAUAAUAACUAUUAUACAAAUAAAUUGCCUCAUGGAUUUUGA